AUGCCUUUAAUCACUUUUCAAUUCCCUUGCGCGGUUUGGGAUCAAAGUUAUACGCUCUUACAUAUCAACAUUCUGGACAAAGCUGAAAAAACUACUUGCUCAGAGACAGUCGGUCGGAAUAACAAGUCUUCAGAUAGUUAUUUUGUCGCUAAUAAACCAGAAAAUUUACGUGAGCCUCACACAUUGAGAUGGACCGCUGGCGCUACGCUGGCUUCAAAAUCAAGCCAUACCGAUUCUAUUCGUAAGGAGGUUUUGUUCAUUCUUAAUAAGCUUACUGCUGAAAAUUUCGAACAACAAGGCGAAAAAUUUCUUAGUUUAGAUAUCACCUCAGCUUCCCUUCAUGUCAUUGCUCAAUUAAUUUAUCAAAAAGCCAUCUAUGAGUCGAAAUUCACCUCUUUGUAUGCCCAAUUGUGCUUAAAAUUAUGCAGUCGUGUCCCUAAUUUCGAAACAAAGGGUUCUCAAUCGUGUUGUGAAGAUGAGUUCAAGACCAGAGAUGUCGGUGAUGAUCAGAUCUCACGUCAAAAGUGCUUGGGGAAUCUACGCUUCAUCGCUGAACUUGGGAUAUGUGGUGUUAUGUCCGAAAAGGUUUUGCAUAACUGUGUCCAAGAACUUCUUUCAAGGAAAGGCCAGCAUACUUCAGUCAACGAUUCGGAGGUACAUACAUCUGCGCAGGAAAAAAAUAAAUCCGCUAAUACACUUCGGGAUCGCUCUUCGUCCACCGAUUUGGAAUAUCUUUGUCAGUUCCUGACUGCUGUCGGAAAGCAUAUGGAUACACCAAAAGCAAAAAAUUUGAUGGACCAAUAUUUUCAUCGAUUGCGUCGUAUAUUAUCACGCGCUUACGAUUCGGAUGGAUUAACAUCCAACAAACUUGAGAAUAUAUCCACGGGAGGGAAGAUCUCAAGGUGUUCGAAAUCGAAUGACAGCUGUAACUUACCUACUAGAGUGCGGUUCAUGAUUGAAGAUCUGAUAGACCUUAGGGAAAACAAUUGGGUUCCACGCAGAGCCGGUCAACGCACAGAAACAAACAAGCCACGUUUCCUUCGAGAUAUUCGCCUAGAGAUAUUAAAAGAAUCCGGAGUCCUUGUUGCCCCAACUCCAAGUGAGCGCUCCAUCACACAGCCUGAUGUGCCUGGAAGUGCUUUUGUAGGUCAUUCAUCAGCUUCAAGUAACUCUUCAGUAAAUGGCGAAUUUCCGUUCGUCAGUGGUCUGAGCUCUAGUUCAUCGAAAAAUAAUAAUGGGUUAAAUACAGGCGAAGCCAAAAGUUGGAUGAAGUUGGCACGAAUGGGCGAAGAACUCUGUCGUCAAAGUCCUCGUGAUUUCUGUUUGUUAGAUAACCGAAACCGUAUUGGAGAGAGCUCUAUUAAUCAAUUUUACGGACGUCCAUCAGCUGGUACUGCUACAGCUAAUCGACGCUUUUUGUCUAGCAAAAACGAUUUAUCCCAUUCAAACAAUAUUCCUCAUCAAGGCUCCAAACCAAACACCACUGACGGUUGGACCAAAAAAACAGAGAAGAUUGAAGUUAGUAACGAUAUGGGGUGGGUACGUGGUGUCAACCCAAGGUUGCGGAACUCCGUCAUUACUCUGAGUAAUGGCAUAUCAACAACUAAUUCCAACUUACCUCCUCGAAUGCUCAGGAAACUGGCUGCGGAAGCUGCUGGGAAUUUACAGAUUAAUUCUACAUCAAAUGUUUUGGAUGAUACGAAGCAGCCCAUUCAUUUGGAAGCACAGAGCUUCCAUGAGAAAUCCACUUCUGAUAACACGGCAUCCACUUCCAAAAGCAGUCCAUUCAACACCACUUCUUAUAUUCAUCCCCUUGGGCAAGCCAAUUCUUCUGAUCCUUUCGAGCCUGCAUACCUACAAAGAGAAAAGUCAUCAGUCAGUAAUGGCGAUAAAGUCAGUAUCCAAAAACCUGUUUGGUUUAACCCCAAAGGUGUUUCAAACACGGGGAUAUACGGUAGUUCACAUCCAAGUCUUUCUGGUAAACCACAGUCUUCUAGCUCAUGUCCUUCAAGUUUAAUAAGCAAGCCAAAUUUUCCAGAUAUUCAAACAUUAACACUUCAGAAAUCAUGUAAUCGUAAGGUCGACCAACUAAGGUCAUCUAAUUCGAACAACGUGAUCCAGUUAUCAAACAACGUUGCUGAAAACAAUUACACAACACACGUGGUUGAUGAAAACAAGAAAAUCGCCCUUAGAUUGCUCAAUUUAUUGGGGGAUUCUCGUGAUCCGAUCUUAGUUAGAAAUCAGUUGAAUUCAUCGGAUUUUAGUCGGAUAACAACCGAAGUUCUUGCUAUUGCUGUUUUGCAUUUAUGUGAAGAAGGUACCAAUCUCAAGUUGGCGGAGGCAGAACCAUAUGAAUUGGCUACAUUAUUUGUAGCAUGCGCUGAAAACUUACUGCAUCGUGAUGCAACUACGUCUUUCUUUACUUCUAAGGAUAAUCGCAAAGUGAAAUCUGCAAAAUUGUCAUGUCAUCCUUUAUCUCUUGUGUGGUCACACCUUCUUAACAAGGUUUUAUGCACGACACAGUUAACUUAUUCUAAGUCCAAGUUAGCUUUAUUAUCAGCUGCUUUAAUUUGGAGUCGUCAUAUUAGUCUGUCUGAAUUCGGUGAACCCCUGCGUGGUGGUAAACAUCAUCCCUUGUUUUUACUUGUUCUACAACGAUUAUCUCAAAUUGUUGGUGAAGAUUUUAAGUCAGAUGAAAGUGACACAAUCCGCAUAGCGGGAGUUGGAUCGGGUGAUAGAUUUUCUUCGCUCAUUCAAUUAUUUCAGGAAAGUGAAUUGCAGAUGAAUCAAAUGGUCCCAGAAGGGAGUCAAACAAACGAAGCUUUGCUGUCGUUGCUGGAAGAACGCAAUUUAGAUUUUCUCGUCCCGAGCUUACGAUUGUCGACGGAACUAUCUCAUCUUAUCAUGGAUACUUCAUCUUUAGAAGGGAUGUCUCCAGAAGAGUCUGACAAAGUCAUAGCUUCCAAAUUCAGUGAUUACCUUUCACAACAUCCAAUUCAUACCGGGAUACAAGCAUCAGACUACAUUCAUGCUUGCUUGCCAGUCAUUUAUGAAUAUAUCUACACAGUGGGAAUUGUUAAUCUUGGCAGUUUUUCUUCGCCUGCCACUUUAAUGGCUAGAGAAAAAGUUGCGUGGGAGUGCAUAGUACCUCAACCGCUCAUUGAGAUGUUACGAAACUCAACAGACCGACAAUUAGAUGCUCUUCACGACCUUCAGUUUUUCUGGGUUGGUAAAAACAUGCCCAAAGGGUUUUUGUUCCGCUGUUUUAUGAACCUUUACAAUUGUGAGCUCGUAUGUGAAGAUGCAUUUUUAUCAUGGAAAGAAGAAGUGAAUCCUAGUUAUCCUGCUAAAGGCCAAGCAUUAUUUGAGGUUAAUCGCUGGUUAACCUGGCUAGAAACAGCAGAGGAAGAAGACGAAGAGGACCGAAGUAAAUCUGAUUCAAAUGAUGAUCAUGGGAAAAAAGAUCAAGAGUGUUCGGUUGAUUCAGAAAACUCAGAAGCUUCUAAAUCUCCAGAUCAUUUCAUUGGUGUCGAGUCUAAUAUUGUGCCUCCAGUUCUGUGUCCAAGUUCAGCAGCUUUACUUUCUUGA